GGCGUUAUAAAUACGCAAACUCGAUGGUCGCUGGAGUGCUUGCCGUGAUCACAACAGCACCGGGCGCGAAGAGGGCACUAAGCGGAACUGAAAAAUGGCGGGCGGUGGAAAGGUCUCCUUCAAAGUCACCCUCACCUCCGAUCCUAAGUUACCCUUCAAAGUAUUCAGCGUUCCAGAGGCUGCACCUUUCACUGCCGUCCUCAAAUUCGCAGCUGAAGAAUUCAAGGUGCCUCCACAGACCAGUGCAAUUAUCACCAACGAUGGUGUUGGGAUAAAUCCCCAGCAGAGUGCAGGCAAUGUUUUCCUCAAGCAUGGGUCAGAGUUACGGCUGAUUCCGCGGGAUAGGGUUGGAGCCUCUGAGAUGUUGCUGAAUGUCUGAGUGGAUGCCGCACCUUUUUAGUUAUACUCACCUCCACUGCCGUAGCUUCCUAGAUGCUAUGAUUAUUGCUGACGUUCUCGUAGUUAACAGAGGGUGUAAUGAUUUCCUGCGGUAGAUAAAGUUUGGUUGAAUAAAUAAAUAAAUUCUUCGGAAAGGAUAAUACAAGCUUCCCUGGCAUUGUAGAGCCUUCUGUCUGGGCUUUGAUUAUGUUCAUCCGCAAGAAGGUUUCCUUAUCACAUUUAAAAAGAAAAAGGGUGGGAGUGCUCCCUUUAUUCGAUCA